AAUGUUUAGGAAAAUUUAGAUAACAAUAAGCCUGAAAAUUAAUAGUAAUCAUUUUAAUAUUUUAAGAAAUGAUAUUAUUUAGAAUCUAUAAAAGGAAUUAAAUGAUGAGUGGAAGGAAAGGUAAAAAAUUGAGGAGGAAGCAACCAAUUUAAUUACUGAAUAAGAAUUAGAAAUUGAUAAAUUAGAAAAAUAAUUAAAAAUGCUAGAAGAAUAGCACUCUUAAUGA